UUCUCACACCCGCAAUACGGGACUUUUUAGCCACAACGCCAGCCUGCAAUAUCAAGAGGGAAUUACGGGGGUUAUCAGCUACUCCCAGCCUCGACAACCCCCAAACCAUAUGAGGAAGAUAACUAUGGAUUGUACUUGCAUUUGAAAAAGUUUUAAAACUCGAAAAUACGAUUUCCCCCUCCUCACACGAAGUAACACAUGAGUAAGAGCAUGGACUUUGUUGCGGGUGGUGAAAGGGGAGAGGCACCCAACCGCUGCUCAGUCACAGCUAUGGCAACAUCCUGCCCUUCUCAAUCGUUUUCUGUGUGGGCAGCUGUCAAUUCUACCCCCGUGCGGGAAUGGCGUCAAAAAUAACCAGGAAGUCUCGUCUCCAGCCAAUGGAAUUGUACCUCUCCCCCACUGUAAGGCGGCGCCUCUGAGCUCCUCCUCCUACUCCGGUUCCAAAGGGCAACGCGGAGUCCGGAAACAGCUAAAAUAAGAAGUUCUGAUUGACAGCGCUCGAGGGAGUCCUAUCAGCCGGACUCAUUAGCACAGUUAAACUGGCGGUUACCUUGGAGGAUUCCUUUUGCUGAAAAAUGGACUACAAAUAAACAGUGAUUGCUGUCUUGCAAGAGUGUGAAAGCUUUUUUCAGAUGUAACACAUCAGAUAAACCAUCUAAUGCUGGAUUGGUAGAAGCUGAGUGUUAUCACCAGUCUGUGAAGCAAGAUUUAAGGCAACCUUACAGGGCCUUCAAAGAAGCUUUCAUUUCAACAAAAGUACCCCUCCCCAAAAGCACAGCACAAUAGCAGCAAAAAGAGUCUUUCAAGAAGCAGAGGGGGCCAGUUGAGCAAUUCAGAAGACAGCAGGACACAGAGCCAGUGAGACUUUAAGCAGUCUCUUCAGUUGGAAGAAUGGCCCGUGUCUUUGUCUACGGAACCCUUAAGCAAGGCCAGCCAAAUUACCCACACAUGAUCAAUGGUGUUCAUGGGACAGUCGGAUUCCAGGGCAGGGGACUCACAGUGGAGAAAUACCCCCUGGUGAUCGCAGGAAAAUAUAACAUUCCUUAUUUGCUGAACACCCCUGGAACAGGGCACCAUGUUGCUGGAGAGAUUUAUUCUGUCGAUGACCAGAUGUUACAAUUCCUUGAUGAGUUUGAAGGUUGCCCAGACAUGUAUCAGCGUAAUCCAGUGAGAAUUAAAAUAGUUGAGUGGGAAGGUAAAAGUAACUCACCUGAAGGGCAGCCAGCUGUUAACAGCAUUCUGGAAUGCUAUGUGUACAGCACCACUACUUACAAGCCAGAGUGGAUAAAUCUCCCUUACUAUGACAACUACGACUCCUUUGGGAAACACAAGCUUCAGUAUGUACUACGGGAAGGCAGAGAUUGAAACUUGAGGAUGAUACCGUACUUCAAUAUAGCAUGUUCAUAUUGAUCCGGGACCUAAAUGCACUAUAAAAUGAAAUUUUAUAUAGAAAGAAGGCACUAAUAGUUCUGAUCAGAAUAUAGUUAUUUCAAACAAUUAUCUUAUAGUGCAGUCAUCUGCAACCUAACUUGCUAUGUCACACAAGGUUCACAGCUGAUGAAAUGUCUUUAAUUCUGUCACUACUACUGCUACUACUACUACCACUACCACUACCUUUUAAUCAAAAGUGCAAAAAUGGUUUACAUAGAAAAACAAAUAAUAAAUAAAAUGGCUCCCUGUCCCAAAAGGACAAUCUAAAAGGAAAUACAAGGUGGACACCAGCAACAGCCACACUGCAGUGGUGAUGUGCUGGGGUUGCUCUCCCUCUGCUAAAUUUAAAAGAAUCACCACUUUAAAAAGUGCCUCUUUGCUCACUUAGCAGAAACAUCACAAUCUUUCUUGAUUUAAAACUUCAUCAAGAAAGUGCAUUUUUGCAAGGCAAAUAGGAAGUGUUGCAGCAUUUUUUUGCAGUGCAUUGGGGGAGGAAAGAUCUCUGGUUCACUUUAAACUUCUAUCAGUACUGCACAACCUUCACAUAAGCCAGAAAAUGGCUCUUGGAAGAAAUCCAUUAAUCAAGCAUGGUGAAACAAAUGAGCUCACUAAGGGAACUCAGCCAGUAAAGAGAUGCCCACAGUGAAACUUAGGAGUCCAGUCCUAAGGGUUUCAAACUCUGCAAAGCAGCCAGGAUGAUUUAUUAAUAAUAAUAAGAAGAAGAAGAAGAUGCAAAAAUAUUAUGGGACUUCCAACUACAAACAGACAAACAUCUGCCACACAAUACACCAGAUAUAACUGUAGUCGAGAAGAAAGAAAAACAAGUUAAAAUGAUCGACAUAGCAAUACCAGGGGAUAGCAGAAUAGAAGAAAAAGAAAUAGAAAAAAUCAAAAAAUACAAAGAUCUACAAAUUGAAAUUGAAAGGCUGUGGCAGAAAAAGACCAAAAUAAUCCCAGUGGUAAUUGGCGCCCUGGGUGCAGUUCCAAAAGACCUUGAAGAGCACCUCAACACCAUAGGGGCUACAGAAAUCACCAUCAGCCAUUUACAAAAAGCAAUUUUACUGGGAACAGCCUAUAUUUUGCGAAAAUAUCUAUAAUAACCAACAGUAUUGAUGAUAAAAUUCAGCCAUCCCAGGUCCUUGGGAAGGACUCGAUGUCUGGAUAAAACAAACCAGUCAAUAACACCUGUCUGACUGUGUAAACAAGAAAUAAUAAUUCAAUUUCUAUACCGCCCUUCCAAAAAUGGCUCAGGGAAAUAAUAAAUACAGAGAAAGAAAGAAUAAAUAAGAUGGCUCCCUGACCCCAAAGGGCUCACAUUCUAAAAAGAAACAUAAGACACAUACCAGCAACAGUCACUGGAAGUACUGUGCUGGGGGUGGACAGGGCCAGUUACUCUCCCCCUGCUAAAUAAAGAGAAUCACCAUGUUAGAAAGGUGCCUCUUUGCCAAGCUAGCAGGGGAUGGGCUAGCUGGUCAGUGCUCUAGCCUUUCAUGAUUUGUGCUGGUGAUCUAAGCACGAAAUAGCAACUUGGGUUGAUGCUACUUGGCUGGCAUGAGCCACAGCCACCACGUUAUACUGGGGUGUGUGUGUGUAGUGCUAGUAUUGUUAAGAUGAGGAGCUUCCACGCCAACAUUCUACCAUUAUAAGCCCUGAACAUUCAAUUGGUCUAAAAUCAUCUCUCAAAUCUGCCUGGCUGUUUGCAGACAUCAGCUAGACGACAAGAGACACCACCCCUCCAAAUUAGGUACAGAUCUGUUGAAAAAUGCCCGAGAUAGAGCAGUUUAAAUAUCAAUGCCUAAAAAAGUGGGAUUUAAGUGUUGGCUACCUUUUUUGCCACCAGAUUAACAUAUCUUAUACUAUCUAGAGAUAGAGAUAUCUGUCCAUGGAUAUAGAUAUAUAUGUUGAAACAUAAUCCUUAGUGCAAAGGAGGGGGAAGGGAAAUACUGUACCCAUUCCCCCUGCCCAUACACAGAGGGGCUUCUCGUUUCUCCCUCAGCUGAGAUGGUGGUGAGGUGGCAGGGGCCUUGAGGGCAGCAGACAAAGAGAGGUAAGGUGACAAUGGGACUUAGGAGAUAAGGCAAGGUGGCGCAGUGGCAAACCGUCUUUGAAUAUGAACUUUUUACAUCAGGGAUAUACUGCCUAGGACUAUGGAGGUUUCACUUACCCAGCUUGCGUACAAGCUACUGUUAGACUUUCCUUUCCCACCAUGCCCAAGCAGUGUUUUUUUUUUUUUUUUAAGUCUGCUGAUCCAGUCAUUUUUUAAAAAAACCCGCUUUGGUUUAAGAUUACUUCAUUUUUUACUUGUGCUCUAAAAAGCAUUAAAAUUGCAAGUUAAGGUUCCCAUCUUAACCUCUGUGCUAGGGAUGUGCACAGCAGCAGUUCAGCGCUCCACAUUAUUCACUAGUAUGAGUUGGGGCUACUUGUGAAUAAGGAGAUACAGUCUACCCACAUAGCGUGUGGUUCACUGGUGAAUUUUGCAAGCAAGAUUUAGGUCUACUCCCAAGCAAGCAUACAAGGUUUUCUCAGGAGUAAGGUUAUGGGUAACUUGUAAGGGUGAGGUUGACUCAUGAGUAAAAGCAGCGUGAUAUAGGAGACUACCAAAUCUUGGCUGCUUAUGUGGCUCUGAUGUUGAUGGGACACCUUCAACUUGAAUUUGCUGCACUUUUUAGAGCAGAAGUAAAAACAAAAAGCUCUGACUAAAUAUGGCAGAGAAGCACUGGAGAGAGUUGUGGAGGGCUGGGGGAGAUUGUAGUGCUUGCUCACCAACAUGCAGUCCAAGUGCUGUCAUGGAGCCCCCCCCCCCCCCCCCGCAAACUUCCUUCUUCCUGGGGCCUUUUUCCUUUUAGUUAGGUUUCAGGUUAGUGGUUUGUAGGGUAUUUUCUCUGCAUGUUUUUUUUUUAAAAAAUGAUCCAUUAUUUCUUUUUAAAUGUUUUAGAACCCGAGUGUGCCCCUUGCUAAUUACCCACGUACAAAGCAAAGAAGAGCAGUUCUUGAUACUAAUUUGGCACACACUCUGGUCCUCUUCUAUUCUUGUAACAUGGUAGUCAUUUGUCUUGUUAGCUUAUUACAUACAGCAGGGGUUCCCAACCUUUUUGAACAAGUGUACUAUUUAAUUUGUGUAUGUCUGCCACAAAUCUUCAGCUCAGGUACCCCAUAGUGAUUGUGUACGUGUGUGUGUGUGUGUGUGUGUGCAUGCACACAUGCAAAUUUAAACGCUACAGUUCCAAGAUAGGCUACUCCAGUCACUGGCUUACAUCCAGACUAAGUUACUCAGGAGUAUUCCCAUUAAAACCAAUGGGACAAAUUUACUUAUUCUAUUAAUUUCAAUGAGUGUAGAAAGUGCUAAUUUUCUGGAGCCUGUCAUGAGUACCUUAAGCUUCAGCACAUAGCCAGCCAAUCAGGAGCAGAAAAAGAGGGUCUUUGCCUUCUGCAGUGGACACAUCCUUGAGGACACAUUGGCUUCAUUCCGGCAAUAUUUGCAUAAGGAACAAAUAGUGUGGCUUCAGCAUGGGGAAGCAGGAGGACUCCCGAGUACCCCCGAGAGUCUCUCAAGUACCUCUAGGAGUACUAGUACAUACUGUGCCUAUACAAAGUCAGAUCAGUAAAAUCAGACAUGGUCUGAUUUUACCAGAAUACAAGGGGUUUGGAGAGAGUCCGAACCCAAACAAGUGCCCCAGUUCAGGCCGGAUUUUUACGACCCGAAAAAAUUGGAGUGGUGAGAAGGUGGGGUUUUGUUUUGUGUUUUGAGAUCAUGGCUGCAGGGGAAAACCCCAUCUUCUGUGCCCACCUGUCCAUAUCUCAUCAUUUUAAAAAAAGGUUUUUUAGUGCCCCCCUCCCCCUUUUUUUUUAACUUGCAAGCAGCCCACCAGAUAUUUCCAAGUUUCUUCUGUGAUUUUCUGGUAUGAGGUAACUUUCCAAUAGACUCUCUGAUGUUGCCUCACUUCCCCUGUGACUCUCUAGUGUUGUGUUACUUUUCUUGUGAGUUCACAGUGAAUAUCCAUGGUUACUUCCUCUCCCCCCCUCCCCGGUUGUCCCGACUCUAACCUGAUCCUGACUCCAAACUCAAUUCUGACCCCGACUUUCGGGGGGGGGGGGGUUGUUCCAAAGGAUCCCAAACAACUGCCUGUAGACUCACAGUGGCAUCUGGUGGGCCACUGUGUACAACUGGAUGCUGGACUAGAUGGGCCAUGGGCCUGAUCCAUCAGGGCUGUUCUUACGUUCUUAACUGACAUUUGUCGAGUCGUAAAAGGUCAGGUAGGACCUGACUCAGAGUACAUUGCAUAUUCAGCAGUUAUUUGCAUUAUAUUGCUAUUCAUCCAUUGUUUUGCUUUUCUUAAAAUUUCCAAAUAAUAAUAAGCCUUUAACAGGGAUUAUUUUAAUUGUAUAGGGACAAAAAUAUCAUUUUGACAAUGUGAAGUUUGUUGAUGAUUGGGUGGUAUUUUACAAGACAAUUUGUAAAAUAUUUUUAAAAUGUAUGUUGCUGUUACUAAAAAGAUCAUGUUUAUUUUAUGUUAUAGUAGGCUAUAAUGAAACUUUUGGCAGAGUAGUUAACUCUGGAGCUUGUUGCAGUACAGCUGCCUGAUACACAAUACUAGAUUCUCAAGAGCUUAUGACAGUGUUAUACACCAAUAAAUAUUCUAUUAAAGGUAUCAAGGCAG